CUUUGACAUAUUCGAACAGCUGAUAUUUUCAUAAACAUAAAUAUAAACAGAGACUGCUUGAAUUUACCUUUAUCCACAUUCCUCAUAAUUAUUCGUAGUUUAAUCUUGAUACACACCAUCAGACAGACAUCUUCUUCCGACAAAAUGCUGAUGUCAAUGGUUAAAGAGCACCAAAGUAAACAAGCAGUAAAGAAAGAAAUUCAAGAAAUUAAGAGAAAAGAAGCCUGUGCUGCAGCAAACUUGAUGACUCAAGCUCUUGUGGAUCACUUGAAUGUCGGGGUAGCUCAAGCUUACUUGAAUCAAAAAAAGUUAGACGCAGAGGCCAAGCAGUUGCACAGUAGUGCGGUAAACUUCGCAAAACAAACACAACAGUGGCUUAAUCUGGUGGAAAGUUUCAAUAGUUCUUUGAAAGAGUUGGGAGAUGUGGAAAAUUGGGCUAAGACCAUUGAGAAUGAAAUAAAAACAAUAACAAAUGCAUUGGAAAUUGUGUACAAAAACUCUCAAGAGAGUUAAUGCUGAUUUUGGUGAUUAAAUUGAGAAUGAAUGAAGGAUA